AUGCGCAAUAUACCUCGCCCAUCCCCGAUGGCCCGCAAAUUCCUUAGCGCCAUUGCCUCUAAUAUGACCGACGAAGAAAUAAAGGCGCACUCGACCAUAUCUGGCACCUGUUGUGAAGAUGGCUGGCCUCAAGACCCUAUCCGAGACGAACAAUGCUUUUUCUACGGGUCAUUGAUGGAUCCACAGAGACUCUCUCAAGUCUUGAAAUCAUCUAAGUCACCCCCUAUUAUGCGUCGCGCUAGAGUUAGAGGCUAUCGGAUCAAGCUUUGGGGCCCCUACCCUGCUUUUAUUGAGGGCCAGACAUUCCAUUUUGUCGAUGGCAUGGUAUGCGAGCCUUUGUCGCCGACGCAACUUGAUCGACUCGCCGCUUACGAGACGGACAAAUAUCGGCGUCUAUCUUGCUUGAUUGAAGUGCUUAAUGACGACGAUAGCAUCAAAGAAACUAUCGAGGGUAUUACUUUUGCGUGGAAUGGACGGCAGGAUGAAUUACAAGAGGGCACAUUUGACUUGACGCAAUGGAAAAAGGAAAAACAGUUGCAAGAUUUGGAUUAA